ACGUUCAGAUGAUUCAAGUUAGCGCUGAAUCAACAAAAUCGAUGGACUUUAGACUGCGCGUGAAAUAACGCCGAAUUACUCUUAACACUACUGUGUUUAAAACAGCUAAAAUGGGCAUAUUAUACAGAGGCGUGAAUGCGUUUAAGAGAUAUGCGUUGUGCAAAUCCAGACAGUUUUCAGCCAAGUUAACUUGAUUAUAAAGAGCAUGUCAAUGUAAAGAGCUGACAUUCAGUGAACUCAGUCGUGUUGUCUUUUCAAUUUCGCAAGCUGCUUAAUCACCAAUAAUGUCACUUAUGGAGUCUGAUGAAAACACUCCGCUUCUCAGAGGCGAUAUUACAAGUAAUGGGAAUGCAGACAGAAGCCGCUGGAGGUCCAUCAGGGUCAUGUAUUUCACAAUGUUCCUUAGCAGUGUUGGUUUUACGAUUGUCAUCACCUCCAUAUGGCCAUAUCUGAAGAAUAUUGAUGAAAGUGCAGAUGCCAGUUUCUUGGGAUGGGUGGUUGCUGCAUAUAGUUUGGGUCAGAUGGUGGCCUCACCCCUCUUUGGAUUGUGGUCCAAUCACAGGCCUCGGCGAGAGCCUCUAGUCUGCUCUAUAUUCAUCAAUGUCUCAGCUAACAUUUACUAUGCCUAUGUCUACCUACCUCCGUCAUACAACAAAAUUCACAUGCUUUUGGCUCGUACACUUGUGGGCAUUGGAGCAGGUAAUGUAGCAGUUGUGAGGUCUUAUGUGGCUGGUGCCACUUCCCUGAAGGAGAGAACCAGUGCAAUGGCUAAUCUGAGCGCCUGUCAAGCUCUCGGCUUUAUACUUGGCCCAGCUCUGCAGGCUGUUUUGUCAUUCACUGGAGAGACUGGCAUCAGUGUGAAUGUCAUCCAGCUUCAGGUUAAUAUGUACACCGCUCCAGCUCUGUUGGCAGCCUGCUUCGGGGUCAUUAACAUUCUGCUGGUUAUAUUAGUCUUGAGGGAGCACUUUGUGGAUGAUCAUGGAAAGCUUAUCCAUGCAAUUAACUACACCCCAGAAGAGCGAGUGGAUGUGGCUCCUGAGGUAGAAGGUGAUAUCGACCAGAUCGCAGUGUUCACAUCUAAUGUCCUUUUCUUUGUUAUUCUCUUCAUUUUUGCUGUGUUUGAAACUAUAUCGACUCCUCUAUCAAUGGACAUGUUUGCGUGGACAAGAAAAGAAGCCGUUUUUUACAACGGUAUCAUAUUGGCUGCCAUUGGCUUUGAGUCCAUCCUCGUCUUCCUGGUGGUAAAAGUGGUCUCAGCACGGAUAGGAGAUCGGCCACUGCUGCUUGGAAGCUUGAUUCUCAUAUUUGCGGGUUUCUUUAUCUUGUUGCCAUGGGGAAAUCAAUAUCCUAAAAUACAGUGGGCAGACAUUCAGAAUAACACUAUGCCAACAACACAACUGGCACCCACCCCACCCUCAAACACUUCUCUGGAGCCAACUGGAUGCCCGUCUGAACAGACCUGGUGCUUGUUUACCCCUGUAAUUCAUCUCGCACAGUAUAUUACCUCUGACAUCCUAAUUGGAGUGGGAUAUCCAACAUGCAACGUAAUGUCCUACACUUUAUACUCCAAGAUACUGGGCCCCAAACCACAGGGGGUUUACAUGGGCUGGCUGACAGCAUCAGGAAGUGGUGCGCGGACCCUCGGGCCUGUGUUCGUCUCUCACGUCUACACCAUCCUGGGACCCCGAUGGGCCUUCAGUGUCAUAUGUGGCAUAGUACUAGCUGCAGUUGUUCUCCUUAGUGCUAUGUACAAACGACUCAUUGCCUUCUCUGUACGCCAUGGAAGGGUUAAUGAAUAGGGAUGUUCAUUUCGGUUAUUUUUCCUAACCAACACUCGUUAACUGAUUGUUAACUGUUAACUGACAAGAUUAUUUUAAAUUAGAACUGAAUUAAAUUAGAAAGGAUUAGUGUUUGUGACCCAUUAAAAAUACUAACAUUUGUUUCCCGGGGAUUAAUUUUUACAUGCACAAAAAGCAGCAAACAACAGAACAUGAGGAUCCAUGUGGUCAUAUCAAGCAAGGAUAUAUAUAUAUAUAUAUAAAAUGAACAAUUGGGCCUAUACAAGUAACAUAUUUUUACAUAAAUAAUAAAUUAAGGAAAUGAAAGAAAAACUGCAACAAGUAGCCUAGUAAGCAGAGUUUCGGUUCAUUUUUGUGCUGUGUGAAAGGAAACAGAUGGCAGAAAGCGGCAUUCCUAUUUUUCUAUAGGCUUAUUUUACAAAAGCACAAAGAUUUGUAUUUAUUGUGAAUGUACACAAAUAAAGGCAAACCUUUUACAAAUCUGAUUAUCUGUAGGACUAAAAGGAGUAGUUUCUUCCACUGUUAGAAGGAAAAAAUUUAAGUGAUUGCACUGGCGCCGCAUGUGUGCACGCAGUUAAGCAUUGCUACCUUGACAAUGCAGCCUGUUUAUUAUCAUAAUAAAAUACAGUCAGUCAAACAUGGGGAGGAAAAAUAUAUAUUUA